AUGGAUCUUCAAGGAACCAAAGAGGCUCGAACGCAGGAAGACGGCAACGACGGCUCGUUGGAUAGCUACAAUGCGGGUAAUGGCCGCGCCACCGAAUUUCGCCAAACUGAAAGACGCGAGUCUCAUGGUCAUGAGAAAUCGUCGACUGUGAGCUCACUGCGUCGCGCACGUCCACCUUUCGAAUAUCCGCCCAGCACCAGUCGACUCCACGCAGCCGCGCGUCCGGAAUCGCGAUCGAUUUCCAGCGCGACCUCUCAUCCUCGAGAUUCCUCGCCCUCUGCGGAGGCGAUCAAUAUUCCACAUGUCUUAGGACUCGGUUCACGCGACCAGAAGCUUCUCUGCAAAGCUCGCCGCCACCCUCCGGUCACCAAACGAACAUUGAGCGAGCUCGACCUACCCUGCAUCAUGAGCAAUAUCAAUCUUCGCAUGGAUGCCAAUUUCGACCGUGAUUUACAUUUCAAACCCGAUCUGGAGGGCGAAAAAGGCAAGCGCAAAAGAAGAGAGGCUACAGAAUACUGGGAUGCCAUGGCCCUCGAGAUAGCCAUUUAUGCGUACCAAGCCGCGAAUCCCGAUAUCGACAUGGAUGAGUCUCAUUCGGGGCAAACCAGCACCACGCACACAUUCGAGCCCCGACUGCCCUUGAUGUUUGAGACCCUGCAAGAAGUCAUCAAGACGCUAGUACCCGAACGGGACCAUCCGAGUGUCAUGGAGAACCUCGAGGUACCCUUGCUCAUGCAGCAGGUACGCAAGGGAGUCCUUGACAUGGUCAUUCUAGCCAAGUGGAUGGCAGCUUUGCUUAAGACGCAUUGCGCACCGAUGCGCGACGAGUGGGCAGACCGCAUGGUGGAACAGAUCACUGAAGGCUCCCAGUCGCAAAACCCGAAGAAGGUUGUCAAUGGGCUGCAGACGCUGUUCGCUAUUCUAGAAGCAAUGAAGCUCGAUGUGGCGAAUCAUCAAAUUCGUACCUUCCGUGUCUUACUGAUUGAGGACACAGUGCCUUUCUUGCAAGAGUACCUUGAAGGCAAGAUCAGCCGCGGAGGUUUCCAAGUCGAACCCGCGAAGCUGUGGUAUGCCGAGGCACGAGAACGCGCGCAAAGAGAAGACGAAGCUCAAGGCUCAACUUCGGCGCAGUCAGACGUAGCUUUGAAGCCUCUCGAGGCUCUUUUUAAGGGAAUCACGGACCAGUUGCUUCAGUUCCACCCACCUUCAGACUAUCCCGAGACGUUUCUCUUCGACACGGAUCGGCUGUGGCAGUUGCGCUCGACGAUUCAUAAUCUGAUCAAUCUGGAGAUUGCAUGGUACAUCUUCGAAUCCUAUGUCCACACGCAGAAGAGAUACCUGUCUGCUCGCGAUGAGACAUACUCGACCUUCCGCACGCGGAUUUGGUCGCUUAUGGAGGACGAAAUGAGUCCCGACGAGCGAGACUGUUGUGAGAAUGACGACUCGGAUACUCGAGGUGGCCAACGCUGGAUGGCAAAGAUGCGAUCGAUCGCACUGGAAAUUGCCCGAUUUGCCUGUGCCGCAUGCUGUCUAGACACUCUUGUCGCCGACGAAGUCAUCGCUCCGAUCGAGGAGGCGCUUCUAUGGCAUCUGUCGAAUGAGUCGGAGCUCUUCCGCUACUUUCAAAAUACGAUGCGCGAGAAAGUGCUCACUGCGACCAUGGCAUCUGCAAAGAAGUUCCUCCCUCUUUCACCAUUGGCCAUUUGUGAGUCCCAACGGACGAUGCUCGCACAGUCUAACGGAAAUGAGUCCACCCCCAAUGCCCCCUUGACGGCCGCGGACGCGACACCGCAAGUUCUCGGGGCUUCCCAGUCGCCGCAAUCAAUCUCUGCCCAACAAUACGACAUUGAGCGUAUUGGUAUGCGUCUUGCUCAUAUCGGCGUCCUACACUGGCGAGUCUGGGCUCCUCUACUCUACUUGAGAGAGGAGACUUCUCGGUCGACUGUUGAACAUCCAGGACCACUGUAA